CUUAAGGUCACUGCUGUCAUUCGGGAGCUAGCCAGCCACCGAAGCGGAGGCGACACAGCGAGGAACGCGACGUGCCGAUCAACCAGAAAGGAAGAAGAAAAAAAAUGUCUCUUUCUAACAAACUCACCCUUGAUAAGGUGAAUGUCAAGGGGAAGCGAGUCAUCAUGAGGGUUGACUUCAACGUUCCCAUGAAGGACAAGCACAUCACAAACAACCAGAGGAUCAAGGCGGCCGUCCCGAGCAUCAAGCACUGCCUGGAUCACGGCGCUCAGUCGGUGGUUCUGAUGAGCCACCUGGGCCGCCCGGACGGGAACUUUGUGCCGGAGAAGUACUCGCUGGAGCCCGUCGCCGCCGAGCUCAAGACCCUGCUGGGAAAGGACGUGACCUUCCUGAAGGACUGCGUUGGCGCCGAGGUGGAGGCAGCCUGCGCCAAUCCGGCCGCCGGCUCCGUCAUCCUGCUGGAGAACCUCCGCUUCCACGUGGCCGAGGAGGGAAAGGGCAAGGAUUCUUCUGGAAACAAGACGAAGGCCUCCCAGGAGCAGAUCGACUCCUUCCGGGCGUCUCUGUCCAAACUGGGAGACGUUUACAUCAACGACGCCUUCGGCACGGCUCACAGAGCCCACAGCUCCAUGGUGGGCGUCAACCUGCCCCAGAAAGCGGCCGGCUUCCUGAUGAAGAAGGAGCUGGACUACUUCGCCAUGGCUCUGGAGAAACCUCAGAGGCCUUUCUUGGCCAUCCUCGGCGGGGCAAAGGUGAAAGAUAAGAUCCAGCUGAUCAACAACAUGCUGGACAAGGUGGAUGAGAUGAUCAUCGGCGGCGGCAUGGCCUUCACCUUCCUCAAAGUGCUCAACAACAUGGAGAUCGGCAACUCCCUGUACGACGAGGAGGGCGCCGGCAUCGUCAAGGACCUGAUGGCCAAGGCCGAGAAGAACAGCGUCAAGAUCACGCUGCCCGUCGACUUUGUCACCGCCGACAAGUUUGACGAGAAGGCCGCCACGGGCGUCGCCACCGUCGCCGCCGGCAUCCCCGCUGGCUGGAUGGGUUUGGACUGCGGCCCCGAGAGCUCCAAGGCGUACGGCGAGGCGGUGGGCCGAGCCAAGCAGAUAGUGUGGAACGGCCCGGUGGGCGUGUUCGAGUGGGACAACUUCGCCAAGGGCACCAAGAACCUGAUGGACAAGGUCGUAGAGGUCACCAAGUCGGGCUGCGUCACAAUCAUCGGUGGGGGCGACACUGCCACCUGCUGUGCCAAGUGGAACACUGAGGACAAGGUCAGCCACGUGAGCACUGGAGGCGGAGCCAGCCUGGAACUGCUGGAAGGCAAAGUUCUCCCCGGAGUGGACGCCCUGAGCAACGUCUAAACCUCCUUCCCAUCAACCCGCUGACGUGUGUGUGUGUGGGUGUGAGAGAGAGAGAGCGUGUGUGAAUGUAUUCUGAAAGGUGAGUAGCUACUAAAAAAACAGUCUAGUGUUAACUCAUGCGACCCUGCAUUAUUAAAAAAAAAAAAAAAAAAAACGCACACACUCUCAGUGGGCAAUUAUGGCAGAUCAAUCUGUGACGAGUAGAACUUCUGCCUUAUUGUAACACAACUCGAGGACUACUAGAGUAGAUGCAUUGUGAAGGUGGAAUUUUAUUUUGCCGUGAUGAAAACUUGACAUCACUACAGAUUUUCGACUGCGCGUGUUACGCUCCUGCAGUCAUUCCCUGCUAAAUUGUGUGUGAUUAGUGGAUAUUCACAGCAUCACUACUUCUACACAUACAUUGGGCAUCGAUAUAAAGGAACGUUUCAUGUGGCGUUUGUGCACCUUCUGACGGUUCUGGCUGCCUGUUCAAGUUAAUAAAUGUCCCUAAAACCUU